AUGCGCGUUUCUUUAGGCCUCCUCUUGGCUUGCGCCUCGGGUGCAUUUGGCCAAUUCACGAGGUACUCAAACACAAGUACCUCUGCUGUUGAGACUUCGACCUCUCCGAUUGAACAGACUUCUUCUGCUGGAGAGUCUACUAUCACGGGUACCACUCUUACCGAAACGACCACCACUAGUCUUGAGACCACUACUUCUUCUUCCAUCCCAGACUCGAUUGAUCUUGAUCUUCGUUCCUUUACCCUGGGUCAAGGUUGUUCCUUCUAUCCGCCUCCUGAUGGCAAUGAGAUCCUCUUUCAUCCCGUCCGGCCCGACCAAACCCUUGACCGUCGUGCUGCCCUCCCGUUUGUUCCUCCUCCCUUUAUCGCCCUGGCCCGUGGCCCAAUCCCCAUAACUAUACCAUGGCCCAGCCGAUCAUACAGCAUGAUCAAUAUAACAAUUACCUGCAAUGGUAGUGACUGCUCGAGAAAGAUCAAGCGGGAAACGCGCAGCCCUUGCCGUUUUCAAGUCCUUGUCGACGGUGAGUUUGUCAGUGCUGAGCCGAUUGUAUCGUCAUCACAGGGCACUCUUUCAUUGAGGACCAACUCUUUUGAUACGAGUAGUAACCUUGAGUUGAGGCAGAGUUGUGGUGAUGAGAGUGAGAUUAUUGAUGUGGUACUCAACGGCGUAACUCUCAAAAGAAGUCUUGGUGCAACUUCUAGACCUAUUGAGUCAAUCAACAUUGAUCCCGAAACUGGUUUUACUACUGGAACCAGCCAAGGUGCUACUACCAACAGUGAGGGUGAUACUGUCAUCCCUACCGCGACUGAUGGUCCCGAGUUUACCACAAACUCUGAGGGACAGACUGUCUUCCCUACUGAUACUAACAGCGAGGGAGCUGCUACCAACUCCGAAGGCGAGACUCUUUUCCCGACUGGCACCCAAACAGAUGACUCAACAAACAGCGCUGGCGUCACUACCAAUUCACAAGGUGAAACCAUUGUUCCUACUGGCACCCAGACUGGUGACUCUACCAACAGUGCUGGUUUUACCACCAACUCUGAAGGCGAGACUGUCUUCCCUACUGGGACUGUUACUGGCACGUCUCCCUCUUCUUCUUCCACUUCUCCCGCUGGCUUUCCUAGUGAAGUCGGUAUUUUUACUCUCUUUGGAUGUGUUCGCUCGACUGCUAGCUUCCCUACCUUUGAACUCGCAGAUUCCGACGGAUCCAUGGAUCUCAACGCCUGUGCCACUCUCUGCAACGGGCGUGCUUACUUUGGCGUUUAUGAUACUUCUUGCUACUGUGGUGAUGAAAUUGAUGCUGCUGAUACCAGCCGAGUCGACCUUGACCGGUGCAAUAUUGAGUGUCCUGGAGACGAUACCCAGACUUGUGGUGGUGAUAAUCGCAGCGACAAGCUUCGUGUCCGUCGGAAUGUCCCCAACAAUCAACUUCUCACUGUAUACGUCGCUGCCGAGGCUGCUGUCACUGUCACAGACUCUAUCACCCAGACCGUAACUGACCAGGAGACUGUCAUUACCACAUUCACCACCACCGUGACUGGUGCUACAGCCAUUACCACCCAAUCCGUUACUGCUACUCUUGUAUGCUUUUCUGGCAAGUGUUAUUCUACCAGCUCCAACGAUGUCACUGUCUACAUCUUUGUUGAGGUCAACAGCAGUGAAUGUGAUGGCCAAUGGGUGUACAUCUCAGAGCCCUGCUCUUGUGCUGGUGGACAAAGAUAUGUCCCCCAAUUCUGCACAGGGGGCAGCUGUUCUGGCCUCAAGGUUUACAAGGCUGAAGAGUGCCAUGACUGGUAUAACUACAAUUCCUUCUUUGUCGCUUCGGAUUGCGCGACUUGUGCUGAAGGUAAGGUUGUGUACCUGCCUUGGGAGAAUUCUUGGGGUACACCUGAUAACUGCAAUGAUGAUGUUCCUCUUUGCAGCGGAUACGACUGUCCCAGCAAACCCAACGGUGGUGGAUCUCAGAAUGGUGGCUACCCUGGCGACAAGGGUAACUCGAAUUCUCCUCAUGGAGGAUCGCAUGGGGGUGCCAAUGGAGGUUCUCACGAAGGUUCCAACGAAGGCUCGCAAGGCGACUCAAAUCGUGGCUCCAGCCCGGGCUCUCACGGAACUCCUGAUGGUAACUCUAAUGGUGGUUCUGAGGGCGGCUCUAGCUCUGGUUCCAACAGCAAUCCCAGUGGUGGCUCAGGUUCCGGCUCUCAAGGAGACUCCCACGGUUCAAACGGUAGUGGUUCAAAGGGUUCUGAGACCGGAGGCAAGCCUAGCACUGUCCCCGUUGUUGUCAGUGGUGCCAGUAAGCAGACUACCAUUUCUUUUGGUCUCCUUGCUCUUCUUGCAGCCUUUCUCUAG